AUGUCCCCAGUGCUGGGCCCACCUGUUGCCGGGGAGCGGGCGCACAGUUCCACCCAUCACGGGAUUACGAUCGAGGAUCCGUGGCACUGGCUUCGUGACCCCGGCUAUCCAGACGUGGAAGACCCCGACGUGCUGGCGUAUCUCAAUGCCGAGAACGCGUUCUUCGAAACCUCAAUGGCGCCCCAACAGGAGCUGAUAGACGCUAUUUUUGAAGAAAUCAAGGGACGGCAGCAGCCUGACCUGUCCAGCGUGCCCUGGAGGAGGGGAAAUUGCAACUAUGGUUCCCUGCUGGCUUACGGCACAGACACCGACGGCUCUGAACGGUUCCGGAUGGUGGUGAGGGACCUGGGUUCCGGAGAAAUGCUUGACGAUGAGAUUGCCGGAACCAUGGGUAGCGCCGUAUGGGCAGCGGACGACGGAUCGUUUUUCUACACGCUGGUGGACGAGAACUGGCGGCCGUGGCAGGUCCGCCGGCACGUGAUGGGGCAACCCGUUACCCAAGAUGCAGUUGUAUACGAGGAGACGGACCCGGGAUUUUUCGUGGGGCUAUCGAACACGACAUCUCGCGAGUUUAUUCUCAUCGGCUCUGGCGACCACGUGACAUCCGAGGUCUGGCUGAUACCAGCGACGGCACCGGAAUCCGCUCCCCUCGUCGUAUCUCCCCGGCGGACCGGCCACGAAUAUUCGGUGGACCACCAGGGGGACCGCUUCGUCAUCCGGACCAACGACACCCACAAGAACUCCCGCCUUGCGACGGCCCAGCAGGACGAUCCUAGCGAAAGAACCUGGACUCCCUUGGUGGAUGCCUCAGACGAGCACUACACCCGCGCCUUCAAGACCUUUCGGGACUUUAUAGCCGUCGAGGAACGCAUAAGCGGACUGGACCACAUUCGCCUUGUCAAUAACGCUGGGGAAACUACUUACGUACAGUUCCCCGAGUCGGCCUACCGCUCAUCUGGACACCAACCCGGAAUUUGA